GAAAAAAAUAUUUUUUUUAUCUCAUCUCAUGUAAUUUCAGUCAACAGGAUGUCCGGAUGUAAACAAAGAAGCUGAAAGUGGAAGACAAAGGGGACUUUUCAAUCGCCUUUUAAAUCCAGUAGUCGGGAUAUUUGGAGCGCUCCAAGGGAUGUCAAAGUCAGUUCCAGAUGAAUUAGAGCCAGAUCCUUAUACUCUAGAAUUGUAUGAGAAAGCACUUAAAGACGGCACAGAGAAAGAUCAGUCUAUUCGUGUGAAUGUUGUCGGUAACUACAGACAAGGUAAAACAUCUUUAACAAAGAGACUGCUUGGCAAUAAAAUGCGUGAUAUACGAAGUACAAAUGGCAUAGAAAUAGGGCGUUAUACGUGUCACAAAACUCAAAAUGGAAAAUACAGCUAUAGAAAAAUAGACGAUAAAAGCUUCGAUAUUGUUGGAAGGCUAGUUUCAGUGGCACUUUCUAAAGAAACUGAUGGAAAGCAAUGGGAUGAUGAUCAAGAGCUGCUGCAGCUUUCGCUCAGUCAGUCACUAAAACAAGCUACUGCAUCAAAUCUUGAUUUGCGUAAGCAGCAAGUGGGAUACAGUAAACCGGAGAGAACUGCAUGUACAUAUGAUAGACAGACAUCAGUCGAUGGAAAGUCAACAACAUUGCGCAGCACAACUAACAGUAGUCAUGAGAAAAUCGAGAAAACAAGGAAAGCUACAGUGCGCUCAGAUCAAGAGAUAUAUUCCUUUACAAAAGCACUUCAUAAGAAAUCAGCUAAGUCUGACACACACUCGCAAACUGCGUUUGACGUAUGGGACUUUGGUGGACAAUAUAUCUUUUAUGCUACACAUACCAUAUUUCAUAGCAGAAGAGCAAUAUAUCUUUUGGUAUUUGAUCUAUCUCUAGACCUUAAACACAUCGUUGUAGAUGAGGAAUUUCCAACUGAAUCCGGCAAUAGGUCUAUGGAAUAUUUUCUCCAGUUUUGGAUGCAGUCAAUUCAUUCUUUUGUUGGCACGGCUGAUGGAAGGCAACCAAAAGUCAUUUUAGUUGGUACACAUAAAGAUAAGGUCAAAGGAAACCUUGAACAGAAACAAAGAUAUGUGAAGAAUUAUUUCGAUGACAUCAAAAAACUUUUUGACGGAACUGUUCUGCUAAACCAUUUACACCCAGAGGUUUUUGCAAUUGAUAACACAGACCCAAAAGAUAUGUCCAUGGCGUUACUGAGAGAAACAAUAACGAAAAUUGCAGAGGAUGAAACAUGCGUUUUAGAGGUACCGGCUAAAUGGAUCCAUCUCGAAAAGAAUAUGAAAGAAAGGAUGCAUAUGAAGAUACUUUCCAUGAAAUUCAUCAUGGCCAUUGAUAGUGAAAAUGAAUAUCCUUUGGGCGAUUUGGAUCAGGUAAAGUUGUUCCUAAGGUACCACCACGUGAAAGGAACAUUUGUAUACUUCGACGAAGAACCAAUAUCUGAAUACGUCGUGUUAGAUCCACAGUAUCUUGUAGAUGCUUUCAAGUCUAUAAUAACUAGCGAGCGUUUUUGUUCUUUAGACAAAGAACUGCGACAAGUUUGGAAAAAACUGAUGACUGAGGCAAGACUAGAAAAAUGUCUUAUAGAGCGGCAAUGGGGACAACCGAACAACAAGGCAAAGUUAUUUCUACAGUAUAAAGAUAUACUUCUUGCGUUUCUUACAAAACACCAUGUUAUUUCGGAAGCCACAACAUUUGACGAAACAUCAAAAACAUCAUCUGGACUGGGGUGGUAUAUUGUUCCAAGUCUUCUUCGAGACCAGUCAAAUGAAUCAGAACUUCAUGAGUUCCUUCAAGGUAAACAGCAAGCACUUGUCACAAUUGUGAUGUCAUUUGAAAACCAUCAGAUAGUUGCCACAAUAUUUCACCGAUAUAUUGCCGCUUUAAUGGCAAAAUGGUCCAAUGUAUGUACAAGUGGUAAACCCCUCCUGUUCUCUGACCUAUGUGUUGUUCGUCUUGACGUUAUGCAUGCUGGAAUUGCAAAACAUCGUUUGAAUGUGAUCGAGUUGUCAAUUGUCAGCCUAUGUCCAUCGCUGCAAGUGCAAAGCACACAGGCUGAUCUUUUCAGACGAUUUUCUGAAGCAGUUAUAUUCCAUGAAUUUGGAAAGCUCCGGGACAGUAUUGAAGGUUUUCGGCCCUAUACACUGGAAUUCAGAUGUAACCAUGAGAGUCAUUGCGGAAAUGGUAGUAAUAACACCGAGUCCAUAUCUAGUCUGGACGACUCAAAGAUUAUCCCAUGUCCAGAUUUAAUGGCACAUGACUUGAACGCUAUUGAUGCAAAAGCGGAAUGGUUUGGAGGCUUUAGGGAUGCAGACACUAUCCCAAACCUUCGAUUGAACGACAAGUUAAUAAGCAAGAUAUCGCAUUGUAUAGGAGAAAAUUGGCAAAUACUUGGACAUGAGCUUGACCUUACCCAUGUACAGAUUGAACAUAUUUGUGAAGAUCAUCCCAAUAACACAUUGAUGAAAAUCUAUCACAUGUUGAAGAAGUGGUGUCACAAAAUGUCCAAGAAGGCGACUCUUGAUGUUUUAGUUCAGGCCAUGAGAAACUGCCCAACUCUGAGCGUUCAAUGGGACGGAAUAAGAAACAUUAUUGACGGCAUUAUAUAAAGACUGAGGCCGGUUUUUGUCGUUUGUUGAACGUUGUGGGUUGUGUUAACAGGUUUUCUUGAAAGUAAAUUGUAAAUAAAUAAACUUCCUCAAACUUAAAUUUGAUUUAAAGCAAAUAUAAUCAGGAUUCCAGUCAAAACAUUUGUUUCUACAUUGUGUACUAUAUCAAAAAGAUCAAAGGCAUGUUUUAGAAUGCAAAAAUUUUAAUCUACAUGGUAUAUUUUAAAGGGUAUAAAGCUGUAUCUAAUGGACUAUUUUUAAAACGUUAAUCGACAGUAAAAUUGUAUUGUUCCUAUAAUAUUACGUUAGAUUCUCGAAAGAGUAGUGCCAUAGAUUUUCUCUGUUAUUUAACUCACAUAGAUAUUUUACUUCUAUAGAAUAAAAUGUUGCGAUAUAAAACACCCGAAAUUAUGCUACUAUUUUAAAUAAUGUUUUAAGCAAUUUAGCAAUGAUUCCAUGCAUUCGCCAUUCUCAUUUUUAUGGCAAUUUAGUUGCAUAUUUCUUUCAAGCAUUUUGGAAGUUUUUUUAGAAUUCAAACAAUAGUUUUAUAUAGUAAAUAUUUAGCUUGAUACAAUUUAAGAAACACAGAUUUUUUUGCUUUAAUUUGCCAAUAAUAGAUCACUUUGUAUUUGUUCAUUUGAAUUUAGAUAACCUUUUGUCAAAGGAAUAAUUCGAAAUUGAUUAAGAUUUGUUGACAACUUGUAUGUUUAUUGAAGGCAUAACAAUAUUGAAAAAGUUUGUAAAUUAUUCUUUUUAAUGUAAAACAGUGGUUUAGUAGAAAAUUCAAGUUCUUUCGAGAACACUGACCAACGAAAUUACCCCACAUUGUUUGACUUCACCUAAAUGUAAAGGGAUAUUAUAGAAGGCGGUAUUGGUCGGUUCGUUGAACGAUUUCAGGACGACCGAUGAAUCAAUUCUAGUAACAUAAAUCACCGCCUGGUAAGCUCAAUUGGUAAAAUGUUGGACUGAGAAUCGGGAGACCUGGGUCCGAUUCCCGGACGGUGCAGGUCACAUACGUUGUGAUCGAUCAUGAAACCCUUCCUACAGUCAUUCGCAUUGUGUCGCUGCUCUUGCAUGUACAUAAGUAAGAUUUCCAUGCGAAAAUGAAGGCAUCUAAUACUAGUAACCUGCUUCAUAGCAUGCACAGGAAAGAUGCAAUGGCUUAACUUUCUGUGGCUAACCUCUAUGAUCCGGAUGUUAAACUAAAGAAAAAAAAACAAUAUCACGUGUAAAAGAUGCGCCGCUGACAUGAAGUUUCGACAUAAAAUGCCUUUUCUAAUUAUAUUUGUUUACAAUUCCAUUAGUUUUAUCUCCCUAUUACCUUUAAACAUUUUAAGAUGAAGAACACUAGUGGAAAGACAACUCUUAAUCCGAAAUCAUACACUACAUUGUGUAGUUUUAUCCCCCUUGUUCCUCAUGCAUGAUUUAUUCUGCAAUUGUAUCUGAAUAAAGUACGAGUUGUUCUCUUAAAGACGUAAGGAGAUAGCUUGCUAGAAUAAACAAAAAAUUGUCCGAGGCGAAGCCGAUGACUAAUUGAUUUUUGUCAUAGCAAAUUGUCUUCUUCACGUCAUACAAGUAACUGUAUCUUACUUACGACGUUUAAGUGCAAAGAAUAUUAAAUUAAUAAACACAUUUAAUCAUAAAUAGAUCUAAUUGAAAUCAAUUGUAUGUUCACGUUGAAAAUAUAAAACUAUAGAAAAUAUUUGCAAGACCUUUAAGUUUUGGAUAGUGCAUGUGUAGGUAAAUUGUAUUCGCACGGAAUUUUCGUUCACUCAUUUAAAUGGGACAUAAUUCACUUUCAUUCAUGAUAUUCAAUGUUAAAAUGGCUGAAAAGGGAAAGUCAUAUUUACCCCAAAUUUGAUAAGAUUCCUUAUUCACAUGUUGAGCUUAACGCAAUGUUCAGCUGUUUAUGGCCGUUGAUUUUUUGUGGAGGAGAGGGGGGAUGCAGCAAAUGUCAUGUUAAUGUUGUUUUAUAUAUAGAAUGUCAGACGAUAUACGAAAAAGAUAAAGUUUUGAAUAACUGUUUCGUUUAAACAUAUUUAUUUAAGCUCAAUUGCGAACUUAUAUUAAUCACUUUCGAGUCCGCUUCCUGGAACCAACCAGUACUGGUGUCAUAUGAAGAAACAUGGUCGUGACCCGAGUAGGGCUCGAACCCAUGAUCUCUGGGUUGAGUGGCAGACACCUUAACCACUAUGCGAAUAACUGUUAGUUUCGUCAAUGCUAAAAUAAACAGUCACUUUGUCCUGGAAAUGGCCAUACAAUUUAUUUGAUUCAUUUCUCGAUAAACUGAAUUUACUCAUGAGUUGCUUUAUCAAGUUCGCUACGACUUUCCGUCGGUUUCUAUAUUGUCCUGUUUGAAUCAGUUAAAAUAUCGCCUGCUAAGAUUUAAGACUGACUAAAACUCUUGUUUAAGCUCGACUAUUUGAAAAAAAGGGAGAGCUAUUGUAGUUGUGAAUUUUGAUAGAACUAUGGUCCUUUUUGAACUUAGAAAUUUUUACAUUAUUCAGAACCUUAUUAUUCUAUCAGGCACUGCGAAUAGUCGAGCAGUUGUUGUUUAUAGAUAACAUUCUCUUGCGAAGAACUUUACACUAUGGUCACUGGUAUACUGUAAAUAUGCUACAGUUUUUGAAAAAAAGGGAAUACAUGCGAAAAUGUUAAUCACCGAUAUGAGAUAUUUACAUUUGGAUUCGCACGAGGAUUAAAGUUAAGCCUGAGACAAAUUCAACGUUGAAUGGCGCGAAAAAGUUUCUUCAGAGAAUGUAAAAUCUUGCUACUUUAUCUAGACAAA